UCUAGGAAUUUGACAAAAACCACCAAAACAUCAUGUGUGACGACGAGGACCAGUGUGCGCUUGUGUGCGACAAUGGCUCCGGCAUGGUCAAGGCCGGCUUCGCCGGAGACGACGCCCCUCGUGCCGUAUUCCCCUCCAUCGUCGGCCGUGCCCGUCACCAGGGUGUGAUGGUCGGCAUGGGUCAGAAGGAUGCCUACGUCGGUGAUGAGGCCCAGAGCAAACGUGGUAUCCUCACCCUCAAGUACCCCAUCGAGCACGGUAUCAUCACCAACUGGGAUGACAUGGAGAAGAUCUGGUACCACACCUUCUACAAUGAGCUCCGUGUUGCCCCUGAGGAGUCCCCCACACUUCUCACCGAGGCUCCCCUCAACCCCAAGGCCAACCGUGAGAAGAUGACUCAGAUCAUGUUCGAGUCCUUCAGUCUUCCUGCCAUGUACGUGACCAUCCAGGCCGUGCUUUCCCUGUACGCCUCCGGUCGUACCACUGGUCAGGUUUGCGACUCCGGUGACGGUGUGACCCACAUGGUCCCUGUCUAUGAAGGUUUCGCUCUUCCUCAUGCUAUCCUUCGUCUCGAUCUUGCUGGUCGUGAUCUUACCAACUACCUGAUGAAGAUCAUGACUGAGCGUGGCUAUUCCUUCACCACCACCGCUGAACGUGAAAUCGUCCGUGACAUCAAGGAGAAACUCUGCUACAUCGCCCUUGACUUCGAGAGUGAGAUGAACGUCGCUGCUGCUUCCUCUUCCUUGGAUAAGUCCUACGAACUUCCCGACGGUCAGGUCAUCACCAUCGGCAACGAGCGUUUCCGUGCUCCCGAAUCUCUGUUCCAGCCUUCCUUCCUUGGACCUGUUCGCCAACAUCGUCAUGUCUGGUGGUACCACCAUGUACCCUGGUAUUGCUGA